ACCCAUCAUCCCUCUAUGCACCGAGCAUCUCAGAGAUAACGGCCGUGUGUCUGUGCGCCUUUAAGAGCCGUAUAUCCUGCUGCCCUCUGCACUAAAUCCCCAUCGCUGCUCUGUGAGGGCGAGAGAGAAAAAAAUAAAUAACAGAAAGCCACGGCAAUGUCCGCCAACUCCGCUUUCAACGACGAGAAGGGGGGCUCGUCCAGCGUCGGGGAGCCUGAAUAUGGUCACGACCCGGCGAGCGGAGGGAUUUUCUCCUCCGACUACAAAAGGCAUGACGACUUGAAGGAGAUGCUUGACAGCAACAAAGACUCCCUGAAGCUGGAGGCAAUGAAGCGGAUCGUGGCUAUGAUCGCCCGCGGUAAAAACACAUCAGAUCUCUUCCCUGCUGUGGUGAAAAAUGUGGCCUGUAAAAACAUUGAGGUAAAGAAGCUGGUCUAUGUUUACUUGGUGCGUUAUGCUGAGGAGCAGCAGGAUCUCGCUCUGCUCUCCAUUUCCACCUUUCAGCGAGGGUUGAAGGAUCCGAACCAGCUGAUCAGAGCCAGCGCUCUGCGAGUCCUCUCCAGCAUCCGAGUCACCAUCAUCGUCCCUAUAAUGAUGUUGGCCAUCAAAGAAGCUGCUUCCGAUAUGUCUCCAUACGUCAGGAAGACGGCCGCUCACGCAAUUCCUAAACUCUACAGUUUGGAUCCAGAACAGAAGGACCAGCUGAUUGAAGUCAUCGAGAAACUCCUUGCCGACAAAACUACGUUGGUGGCAGGAAGUGUUGUCAUGGCUUUUGAGGAGGUGUGUCCAGAACGCAUUGACCUGAUCCACAAGAACUACAGGAAGUUGUGUAACCUUCUGAUCGACGUAGAGGAGUGGGGGCAGGUCGUCAUCAUCAACAUGCUGACCCGCUACGCCAGGACCCAGUUCCUCAACCCAAACAUGAACGAGUCCCUUCUGGAGGAGGGAAGCGACAAGACCUUCUACGGCUCGGAUGAAGAUGAGGACGAGGAGGAGGAGGAGGAGAAAGAUAAGAAGGCAGAGGCUCCUGCCAUGGCCAAGAGGAAGCCGUACGUCAUGGAUCCAGACCACCGGCUGCUGCUGAGAAACACCAAGCCGCUCCUGCAGAGCCGCAAUGCAGCUGUGGUGAUGGCUGUGGCUCAGCUGUAUUUCCACCUGGCCCCUAAAGCAGAGGUGGGGGUGAUCGCCAAGGCCCUGGUCCGUCUCCUGAGGAGCCACAGUGAAGUCCAGUAUGUUGUUCUUCAGAACGUGGCAACAAUGUCGAUUAAGAGAAGGGGGAUGUUUGAACCGUACCUGAAGAGUUUCUACAUCCGCUCGACAGACCCAACCCAAAUAAAAGUCCUUAAGCUGGAGGUUCUCACCAAUCUGGCCAAUGAGACGAACAUUUCCACCAUUCUCAGAGAGUUUCAGACGUACAUUAAAAGCAUGGAUAAAGACUUUGUGGCCGCCACGAUCCAAGCCAUUGGCCGAUGCGCUACCAACAUCGGCGAGGUGAGGGACACGUGUCUGAACGGCCUGGUACAGCUGCUGUCCAACCGAGACGAGUUGGUCGUAGCCGAGUCGGUGGUGGUUAUUAAGAAGCUGCUACAGAUGCAACCGGAGAAGCACAGCGACAUCAUAAAGCACAUGGCGAAACUAACAGACAACAUCCAGGUGCCGAUGGCGCGGGCUAGUAUCCUGUGGCUGAUUGGAGAAUACUGUGAGCAUGUACCGAAGAUUGCCCCGGAUGUUCUGAGGAAGAUGGCCAAAUCGUUCACUAACGAAGAGGACAUUGUCAAGCUACAAAUCAUCAAUUUGGCCGCCAAGCUCUAUUUAACCAACUCCAAACAGACCAAACUGUUGACGCAGUACGUUCUGAACUUGGCGAAGUACGACCAGAACUAUGAUAUCCGUGAUCGGGCGCGCUUCAUUCGCCAGCUCAUCGUGCCCACCGAGAAGAGUGGAGCUCUCAGCAAGUACGCUAAAAAACUGUUCCUCGCCCUCAAACCUGCACCAGUCCUCGAGUCUCCAUUUAAAGACCGAGACCACUUCCAGUUGGGUUCAUUGUCCCAUUUGCUGAAUGCCAAGGCUGGCGGCUACCAGGAGCUGCCUGACUGGCCUGAAGCCGCCCCAGACCCCUCCGUGCGCAACGUGGAGGUGAAGGAUUCUGUUUUUACGCUGCUUGAAAGAGUCACAACAUUAACGAGUGUGCCUGAAUGGACCAAAUGCAGCAGCCGAGAGAAGAGGAAGGAGAAGAAAGUGGAGAAGCCGUUCUACUCUGACUCGGAGGGCGAGUCUGGACCGACGGAGUCAGCUGAUAGUGGUAACUUUAGGGGGCUGUGUCGCGAGCAGAGCAGUGAAGAAGAAGAGAGGAAGCACGAGAGGAAGAGUAAACAACGUAAGAGCGAGUCAGAGUCUGAAUCGGACGAGGAGGAGGAGAGCGAGUCUGAAAGCAGCCAAUCGGAGUCUGAAGACUCGGAGUCUGAAGCAGAAGUCAAAAAGAAGAAAAAGGCAGCUGAAUCUAAACCUCCUUCUAAGCCUGUCAAGAAAGACAACAAGAAAGAGAAGAAAGAAAUGUCUCUACUGGACCUUGAUGAUUUUGAACCUGCUCCCUCUCCUCAAGCCACACCGGUCAACACCUUCCUGUCCAACAGCCUUGCGACCGACCUGGAGGGAUUAUCUUUGUCUGACGCUGUUCUCUCUCCGGCAACCAUCUCUCCCUCCAGUGCACUGAAGAGCUACGAGAUGCUGCACCGGAUCACUGGCGAGGGUCUGUCGGUGGAGUACUGCUUCAGCCGGCAGCCGUUCAGCCCCGACGCCAACAUGGUGGCGGUGCAGAUGCAGUUCACCAACAACGCCACCUCCGACACCAAGAACCUGCACAUGGAGGACGUGAAGCUCCAGUCAGGGAUGAGGGUCAAAGAGUUUCCUGAGAUCGAGCUGCUGCCAGCGGGUGAGAUGGUCACAGCUGUAAUGGGCAUCGAUUUCUGUGACUCAACACAAGCGGCGAACUUCCAGCUGUGCACUCACACCAGGAAAUUCUUUGUGUCGAUUCAGCCGCCGGUCGGGGAGCUGAUGAGGCCCGUCUUCCUAACAGAGAAUGAGUUUAAAAAGGAGCAAGGUCAGCUGAUGGGUAUGAACGAGAUCACGGAGAAGAUAACCCUGGACGCCAAGUGCCGGAACGAACACUCCAUCGUCCAGAGGGUGACCACCGCCGCCAACCUCAGCAGAGUCCCCUGUGGCUCAGAUAAAGAGUGCAGGUUCGCUGGCAGGACGGUGACCAGCAGCAGCCUGGUGUUGGUCACCGUGGCGACCAAAGAGGAAGGAGCCGCCAAGCUGACGAUCAACUGUGAGAAAAUGGUGAUCGGCACGAUGCUGGUGAAGGACAUCCUCCUGGCCCUGACGCAGUGACGCGUGACGUUUAGCCCUCUGCCCUCUCGCCCCAACGCACCUCUCUCAUACUGUAUCAUCCAUCACAUGUGUAGCAUCUCCUCCGCUCUCCUCUUAGCAGCGGCAGCGAGGACGUUUCCAGAACGUUUAACCCCAGUUUGAUUGUUUUUUCCAAGAGCCCUCUACUGUUAUGAAUUACUCCUAUAUUCACUGAAUGCCACAGCUGUACAUGAUAUUUCCCUCUCUCCGUUUUAAAGUUUCUUACAUGUCAUUAUUUUGAAAUACAUAUUUUGCAAUGGGUUUUACUUCCUUACAGAGCCAACUGGAUUUAUUGUACUCCCAAUUUCUAAGUCAACUCAGAAGAGAAAGUAUUUGUGCAUCUUUUAAACCUUAAAUCGACUUAAAAUGAAAAGUAGCUCCCAUCUAGUUACAUCGGAGUGUGAAAUAAUUGUGCAAAAUUUGCUCACUGGAUAAACAGGACAUUAGGUGAGCUUGAAGGUUCAAGCAUGACAAAACACAAGGUCCAAUUACUUAAUGUUUUCGAAGCUCUCAACCACAUCUUGUGGCCUUUCUCUCAACAGAUAGUUAUUCGCUUGUCAUUGACUGAGACUGAAUGAACAUAAGACAAUGUAAACAGAUAAUAAAAAAUGCUAGAAUUCAUAAAACCUUUAGCAGAGGAAAAUUAAUAUGACGGCGCAGCUACAGUGCAGUGCAAGAUAAGAAUUAAUAGUCCCAAAUGUUUUUUAAUAAAAUGCAAUAGCUAACAAAGUUUUAAGCCUUGAAGUAAGACAUUUGGAGAGUUUUGUGGGAGUUUGUUCCAGAUAAUGUGGUGCAAAACAAAAAUGAAUCAAUGCGGUUUAUUUUGACUGUGGGAUCAGUAUAAAGACCUGAGACGUCUAGACAGUUUACUAGGUAGCAGCAGAUCAGAGCUGUACGCUGGAAACACUGGGCUUUAAACUGGUCACAGCAUCAACUGGGAAGAGGUCAAAGUCAUCGAUGACCCGGAGGAAGAGAAAGAAGGCCAUUCACAUCCAAUGCUAACCUCCAAAAUACGACAUCAAGUAAUGAUGUGAUAAUGUUGAAACGAAAAAGAACAAAGUUAUUGAACCUUGUGUCAAAACAAAAGCUCUUUCUCUAAAUCUGUUCUGAGAAAAUACAUUAAAAAAUUAUCCAGUUUCACCCAUAAAAUUUAGCUUAUUUUCUUUAGAAAUAAGGUGCCCAAAUUCUUAUUCUUUGACACGUGGAUGCCCAAAUCUGUCACACCAAUUUUAGCUAGUUAGUUAUUAGCUAUCAGACUAAUUUAAGACGUAAAUAAUAUAAGUAAUAGAUGAUAUGCUGUAGGUUUAAAAUUCCCCCAAAACUACACACAAUAAAACACAGACUGUAAGAUCAGCAUAAUCAAUUCUCAUCCAGUUGUUUGAAGUCAUUAGUUUAAUGUAGCAUGAAGGCUUGACAGAGACAACAACUACCUAUAACUGAAUCAUUCCAUUUUGGCACAAUAAACUUUGUUAAUCAAUAACUCAACUGCUCCUGGGAAUAAAUCUUCAUAUCAAAUUCUGCGAUUUUAAGCAUCUGCCUCGCUGUCAUAGUGCACAUGUUCAUUACAAUAAGUGGGGCGUUUAUAAAAACUGAAGCUGUAUAAAUGUUAUUGUAUGUAUUGCAACAUGUAAUACAGUACUAAUAUAAGUAAGGUGUGGUGUGUGUGUGAGUGUGAUGACACUGAAUAUUGACCCGCUAAACUAGCUGUUUUCAAAAUGACUCAAAAUGACACUUGACUUGAAAUCAUCAUGAAGCACAUAAUAAUCCACAAUGGACGCUGAGGAAGAAAUAAUGGCUUUGAUGACUGCCACAGCACAUGCUACAUAGAUUUAAAAAUCUUAAAUCUUACAUUCAAUUAUAGAUUCAUAAAUUUGCCUGGAAAAAAACUAUGGCAUAAUUGCAGAUUUAGAAAAUCUUCUAAAUUACUGACACAAAUGUACUUAUUAGUCCCCAAAUUCUAGGGCCUCAACUAACAAUUAUUUUCAUUAUUGAAUAAUCUGCUAAUUAUUGUCUUGAUACAUUGAUUUAUAGUUGGUUCAUAAAAUGUUAAAAAUAUUAGUUCCCAUCAUUUUUAAACGUCUUGUUUUGUACAAUAACAGCCUCCAAAACCCACAAAUAUUUAGUUUAAUAACAUAGGAAAUUAAGUAAACCAGCAAAUAUUUACAUUUCAGAAGCUGGAACCAGAGAUUUGUUUUUAGAAUUUUGGCUUCAAAAAUACUAAACCAAAAUAGCUGCCGAUUAAUUUUCUGUCAAUCGUCUAAUCAUUUUACCUUUACCAAAUUCACGAUUGAAACUUCGGCCUUAAAACAACCUGAACUUUUAAAUGAUUAGAUCAAUGUUAGGAAAUACUUGUUUCUUGCCGAGAGUUGGAUGAAGAUCGAUGACGCCACACUCAUUUGUACCGUUAGCUCAGCUUUUCACAGCUAGCAUUCCAGCUAGCUCUUUCAAAAUUAGUACUAUUUGUUGUUUUUACACAAAGUUACAGGAUAUAAAGUGUCAAUAAUUAGUGAGCUGUAGAGGUUCUGGAAGACAUUAUGUUACUUUUGGACAAAACAGGCUAGCUGUUUGCUUGUUUCCCCUGUUUCCAGUCUUACGCUAACGGGAUACGCUAGCUACACAUUUACCAUACAGACUUAAGAGAGGUAUCAAUCUGACAGCAGUUUCUAUUCAUAUACGUUUAGGUUUAAACUGUAGCCUUCCCUGCUAAAACACCUACUGUAAACAUAAAAACUCAUAAACAAACUUUUACUAAAGCAUAUAUAUAGAUUAUAAUUGAAAUAGUGCUCAUGAUAAUUUCAAACAUUUUCAAGAUGUUACCUUGAUGUCGUUUGUCAGACUGUUUUCAUGCCUUUUUAUUAUGUUUUGUUUUCAGGUUGUGUGGGUUUUCUUGUGUUAUGGACCCUCAUGUGUCCAGAAGCUGCACGUUUCUUAUCUUUAACACGUGAUCUGUGUAUUUAUUUAUUUAUUUAUUGUUUCUUUACGGUUAGAAAUUGUGUUUAACCAAAGGAGUACAUUGCAGUCAAACUUCAGCACUCGUCAUAGAAAACUGAGCCGUAGCAGCAGUUGGACGGUUUCAUUUUGGCCUUUUUUUGUACCUGUUGCAUUAUUUACCAUUAAACCACUCAGACCUGAAAUUUUAACUGCAUCACAGUCAUAAUGAAGAAUGUAAAGAAAGUCUACUUUUAAUGUAAAAAUCAAUAGAAAACUGCUUUCACAGAAACAGUUGGAUGAAAUCAUUAAAUUCAUGUCUGGCAAUUUGUUUUAUCUGCAUCUGCUUUUAAAUAUCCAAAGUAUGUUUUAUUCAUACUCAGUGUGGUUGUGAAAUGUGGUCCUGAAGUAUUACAAGUUUAUUUAUUAUACAAAUAAAAAAAUACAGAUAAA